AAGGAUAUUCCCAACUCCCCACCCAACAAGACAGAAAAGAAAAAGAGGGGAAACAAGAACAAGCAAUUUGUGUUGAAUAUUUCAACAAGUAGUCUCGGACAAGAUCCCUAUCCAAGUGAUGAUGAUGUUGAAGGCGAAGGAAAGUUUGGACCGGUUUCUGCUAUUCCACUUUCUAGUCUAGAUUAUUUUGCAGAAGAUGAAAAUGAUAGUGAAAACAUGGAGACUAUAAAGGAAAAUACAAAGGAAAAUAGUAUUGAUGAUAUUCAAAAUAUUGAAAAGUCAUAUUCUGGCAAGUCAAUCCAGGAACUUCAUGUGUUGUUCUGUGAAUCAAUCAAACUAGAUCCUUUUUCCGAGCCAUUUGUGAAAUCAUCUUUGUCAAAAUUACGUAUUCUUGAUUUCUCAAAUGGUUGCUUGGAGAGUGUAGAUUUAUUAUUCUAUUUCAAAAACUUGCCAGUUAUCAAAGAAAUUGAUUUUUCCAACAACAAAAUUACCAAAAUAAUUCAUUUCGACUUUCUUCAACAACCGGAGAAGGUCAAUAUAUUAGAACAGGUGUUUCCAAAAACUUUGAAAAAGAUUAAUUUAUCAUGGAAUUUCCUUACAGAAUUCCCAUCUAUUGAACUCAUCAUGCUUCUCCAAAAAAGAGGAACUAUUUUCGACAUUAGAUUCAACUACAUUUCCUCUCUUCCACAUGAAUUCAUGUACGAGGCAGAUGAUGCCCUGAGCGAUGCAGAAUAUCACACAGAAUGUAAAUCCAAAUCUAGUGCUAGCAAAUUUGUAACAAUCAAUCACACCAUAUUAUGCGAUAUUAAGAACACUAUUCCCACAGAAAUUAUGCCCAAUCUUUAUUUAGGAUCUAUGCAAGCGGCCAAAAACGUAAGAUUAUUAGUGGAUGUACUCAAAGUUAAAUAUGUACUCAAUGUGUCAUGUUUUGAUGUUGCAGAGGAAAGUGGAUUUAGAGGAAAGCAAUAUUCUGAGUUCUUUGAUGAGAUUCUCAAUUUACAAGUAACAGAUGACAACAAACAAGAUAUAGUCUCAAUAUUUGACCAAUGUUUUCCUUUUAUUGAUAGGGCAAGAAAGGAAAAGAAUGUGCCUAUUCUUGUUCAUUGUCUAGCUGGUCAAUCAAGGAGUGUAUCAAUAGUAAUUGGAUAUGUUAUGAAAGAACUCAACCUAGAUUUCUCAAAGGCAUUUACCCAUGUAAAAGAACUCCACACUUAUUCACAAGUGUUGAGGGAUGCCUCCUACUCCUCUGACAAUGAUAGCCCUGUAGAAAAUUCAGUAGAAUCAAAAACAAUUGCUGGUAUAGAAACAAACAAACAGCAUCAAAUUAGAUUGGUAAAUAUGAAAGACAAAGUAGUAACAACCUUCUUUUCAGCGCAACUGCAAAAUCCAAAAGGAAUGGCAAUUUAUAAGAAUUUUCUUCUUGUUUGUGAUUCCCAACAGCAUAAAAUCAAAAUGAUUUCUUUGGAUGGAAGAAGAAUUACAAAUUUUGCGGGAAAUGGAAACAGAGGGUGCAGUACUGGAAGAGUAACUGAUGUAAUGUUUGACACUCCAACUGGUAUUUGUGUCAUUGGGGAUAAUGUCUUUGUUUCGGAUACUGGAAAUCACAGAGUUGUUAGGAUCAAUAAUGGUUUCGUGACCAAUGCAGCAGGAAACCCAAGAACAGCAGGAUUUAUGGAUGGAAAAGUUCAAAACUCAAUUCUUAAUUCCCCUACCGAUUUAUUUUCUCAUGAAAAUACAUUGUACAUUAAUGACUUUGGAAAUUCUAGAAUUAGGCAGGUCUUUGCAAAUUAUAGUGUUGUGAGGACAGUUGUAGAGAGUGCUGAGAAACUAUACGGUGCAGCUAUGAAUUCUGAUGGGGAAAUGAUACUGGCCACACACAACACUGUUUACAAAUAUAAUCACGAAACAAAAGAAUCUUCUCAAAUAUUGGGAGAAACAUCUGAGCCAAUAAGAAAAAUACUUUGUGCAUCCAGAUCCAUUUACUUGGCUGCCUGUACAAAUUCAGUGUUUAAAAUUGAAGAUAAGAUCGUCAAUCAAAACAACAGCAACAAUUCAGUAUUGGACCUCAGGCAAUUUUCCAGAAAACUUGGAUCUUCCCAAAAUUUCUCAAUCAAUUCAAACAUUCAAGAGAGUUGGAAAGGAGAAAAUCCAAUCAGACCAUCCUACUUUGAGUUGAUCUACUGUUAUGAACAGGAUUUGUUGGAAAUUUACAAUUACUACUGCACAAAUAUUAUUCACACCUUCUCAGAUGUUAAUGAAAUGACAAGUAAUCAAUUUGCCAAGUUCGCAAAGGACUGCAAAAUUACAGACAAAACUUUCCAUUCUAACGACGUUUUCCUUGUCUUUGAGGAGGCAACAAAAUUCUCUCCAACGUUCAAAAUGAAUUUUGAUGAUUUUUUGAAUGGCUUAGCCUUCAUGUCAGUUAAAAAGUAUACUAAACUACCAGUCUACACAAUAGCUGACAUGUCCAAAUUUGAUGAAGACGUAAAAGUUUUAUUCAGAAAGUUAUUGUUCGAAUUGGUUCUUCCAAAUUCAGGAAAAACCUCAAGCGAUCCAACCCCUUCAGAAUUGACAGAUCCCUCUGUUGCCAGUCUUUGGGCAACACAUCAAGAUGUAAUAUACAAGAUCUUCACUUUUUAUACUCAAAAAAAGAGAACUCACAAGGAUACAAUGCAAUGGGUGAGUUAUAAUAAGGGUUUAAGUACUCUCAAUGUUGACGAAUUCUUCAUGUUCUGUACAGAUUUUGAAAUAUUUCCAAAAUGGUUCUCCAAGAUACAAUUAGCUAAAAUGUUUGACUCUUGCUGUAAAAUUAACCAAAGUUUUAGUGAGCCAGCUGAUCAUGUCUCCAAAGAAGGUAGAUUAAUGAACUUUGUGGAAUUUUUGGACUGCCUGGGAAGAAUUGCAUUGGCUAAGUUUAGUGACACUUCACUGAGUGACAUCUACAAAACUGCCAGACAGAAGAUAGAAGGCUUGCUCGAACACAUGUCCUUAUCUGAGGGAAGAAAAUUCUUUGCAACACGCCUAGGAAACAGAUUACUAACAAACGUAGAAUCCCCAAUGAAAAAGCAAUUAGUUCAACAGAUGAAACAAGCUUAUUUGGGUAGAAAUCCUCAAAGAUCUAAGCUUCAGUAUACAGACUACUCUUUUGCUAAGCAAAAACAAAAAGAAAGAGAUUCAUUAGACAUUUCUAUUAAGAGAAUAGCAGAAGAGCAAGAACAUAAAGAUGUCAAAUGUGCAUCUAAAGAUGUUGUUCUGUACGUAGCCUCAAAGACUGAAGAAGAAACCUCUUGGAAAUAUAUUGCAACUGGAAAUUUGGCACUUUCUUUCAAAAACAAGCUCUCAUUGGAAGAUUUUGAGAGUAAAAAAGUGUUCGACAUUCAAUUGACAUCAAUGAUUCUUCCUGUCGUAGAAGAGAAAGAUUUGUUCCAUAUUUUCAAACCUGGUAUUUUAUUUGAUGAUUCCAGUAUUUAUGGAAUUCAGUUUUCUUCCAGAUUUACCUCUUCACUCUUUGAAAAAGAAUAUCAAGGACUUCCAAAAAGAGGAUCAUCGUCUUCUCUCACUAACAUGACUCCUUCUCCAAGAAGCAAUAACUCUAGACUUAUUGGUACGCCAAAGAAAACAAACUCUCCUACUCCUAAAAGCAAUACGCCAAAAGUCUCAUGGAGUGACGAUAAGGCAACAGUAAAAACUCCACAAAAAGAGGAAAAGAGAAAUAAUAGCUCACUUGAUGAUACAAUUGAACAACCAGAGGUUAGCCCAAUUUAUUUUAAUCCAAAACAAGCAUUUAAGAGCGCUCAAAAUAGAUCUCCUUUUAUGAGAGACAUCAGUCUGGACGAAAACAAAAGGGAUGAACAACAGGAUCUCGAUGAUUCUUCCACAAUUCCAAAAAUCAUCAAAGAUUAUGAAGCAUUUGUUACGGAUUUUGUUGCCUAUCAUUUAAAAUCCAGUAUCAAAUCUUUAUUAGCUGAAAAUGCAACCUUGUCUCCAAAAAAGUCUGUAAACGAUAAGGUCGACACUAUUAUUCAAAGUGUUUCAGACAGAAUUCGGUGGUCCUCUGGAUUAGCAUUGACUGGGAACCUAGGUAAAAUUCUAAAUAAUUCCAGUAAUAAUGUAACUGAUGAGGAACUUUUCGAAACAAAGGAAAGAUCUGUUCAACCUCUUCUAUCACUAGAUAGUUAUGUUUGCUCUAGACUCGAAACAUUGGACAAGUUUUAUGAGGUUGUUUCUUCUCAAGUAAAUUCUUCAUCUCAAUACUUGGAGAUUUACAUAAAGGAUGAUAUAGGAGUCUCAAUGUUCAAUUUUAAGCAAAGAUGGUUCUGUGUAGGUGAGGGAACAACUUACAGAAUGGAAAUUUUCACAUUUGAAAAUGAGUUUUGUGAAGUCUAUGUGAAUGGUGAGCCUGUUUCACCAACUGCAUCCUCUGCAACUUGGAUAAUCAUUCCAAUUUCAAUUCCAAAAGCCACCCACGAAAGUGAUGUGAAUGUUGACCAAUUGAAAAACCUCAAUGUACAUAGCGUACACCCUGUAAAAAUUGAACUUGUACAUAAGAAUGGAUUUGCAGUACGAUUCUUAAUUGAGUUUGCUGUUUUUUCAUCCCAAAAAGAGCUUAAUUAUAGUUAUGGAGUUUUAAAAGAAAGUUUAUUGGAACAAUUCAAAAAUUUGCCUCCUUGCUUCCAAUCCCUUGCUAUGUUUUCACAAAGAAAAGUUCAAACUCUAGGAAAUUAA